CGCCUCGAAGCCUUGUGGAUAUUGACCAGCUCGCAUCAUUCGAGAUGAGACAGGACGCUGGACGCGUGACCUGCUCCUGAUGUCAGAGAAUGACUCCCAACUUGGCAGACAUGACACCCGAACAGCUCGCAGUGCCAUGGGAACAGGGAGAAGACGAGAGCGAGGUGAAGGUUCUGCUAGGGGAGGGGCUGGAGGCGGAGCUAAACCACGACAAUCAAGAAGUUACUUAUCACCAAGGAGGAGAGAGCACCUGCUGGCAACCUAGAACCUUAAACGAAAGUGACGAGCCGUUCUGCAGGAUCUGCCACGAGGGAGGGAGCUCUGGGGAGCUGGUGUCCCCGUGCGAGUGCUCCGGCACCCUGGCCAUGGUUCACCGUGCCUGCCUCGAGCGCUGGCUCACCUCGUCCAACAGCAGCCACUGUGAACUCUGCCGCUACCAGUUCUCCCUGGAACGGCUGCCCAAGCCGCUCACAGAGUGGCUGCGCUCUCCGUCCAUGCAACACCAGCGCAGAACCCUGUGUGGCGAUGUGGUGUGCUUCCUCUUCAUCACCCCACUGGCCACCCUGUCAGGCUGGCUGUGUGUCCAGGGAGCCCUGGACCUCCACCACACCAACGGGUACGAGUCCCUGGGACUACUGGUCCUGACCCUAGCCCUCUUCACCAUCUACAUCUUCUGGACCAUGGUGUCCGUGCGCUACCACAUCCACCUCUUCCAGACAUGGAAACUAACCGACCAGAGGGUUCGACUGCAGAUCCCCCCGCUAUCGGGCUCCAAACACAGUCACAUGGCAGUCAUCGCCUGCCCCUUCAGCAAGGACACCAGCAAAGAGACUAUGGUGUGAUUCUGUUGGAUUUUAACCAUCAGGGAGUGUACACUCAUUUGAAAACCCUGCACGGACAGAAGCGAAGGACACAUAUUUGGUUAUUCUUCUGGGGACCGAAGAAACUGGAUGUCAAUGUUUUAUCGGUUAAAACAUCCGCUUAAACUUUGAGCGGAAAAGAAAAACCCAAUUGAAGUUAAGAUUGGAAAUUCAGAGAACUGCUAGAAGCUGUGGAGGGAUUAAUUACACAAUUGUUCUGUUGACAAGCCUGGACUUCUGGGAACAGUCAUAGAAACAGCUAAGUCUAAUGACAAUCAAUUAGAAGUCAUUAAUGUCUGCAAUAAUUCCUAUGGAAGAUAACGAAUCAGAGCUCUGUGGAGUAGAACUUCCUACUACUUCUACGUGGAGGGUCACAUGAUUUCCUUUCAAGAAGAUAAUGUUCCAAAUAAAAGCACAACCCAUCAAAAUGUGCAUUUGUAUCCAAAGUACGAGGAUUGGACUGGCAAGAAGCACUCAGUGUUUGCUUUGUUUAGAAAACUUUAUUAUGCAAUUUAUUUACAUUUUAUGUAGCUUCCUGUAAUUUACCCCAGGGUGCAAAAACCAUUCGAUGCACACACAGACAAUUUAAUUAAACAAAGACACUGCCGGAAGAAAAUAACUUGCCAACGUUUUUUCCUGUAAAAUCCAGAAUACAGUGAUUGAGAAGCAUUUGACCUUUGUAUGGACAGAAGGCAAAUGGGACUCUUUAAAUUGU